AUGCUCAAUGAUAUGCACAUGGCGGCCAAUGGAGAUCUGCUUUCCAGCUUCCCACAGGAUUUCCUUGAAGACUCUGGCGAUGGAGAAGUUCACGAGGCGGCCAUCCUCUCCGUUUUCGAUGACAAUUCGAAUAGCCCGCCACCGUGUCCGAUCGUUGUCGACACUGUACCAGACGAUGAUGACAGUCUCUUGUUCCCAAGAAACUCAUAA